AUGGUAAAUGGAACUUCUACUAUUAGCAAUCAUGUGAAAAAUUGUCUUAAUAAGUUCAGUAAACCAAAUAACAACAAAAAUCUUGAUGAUUUUGUAUCCAAAGCAGCUCAAGUGAAUGUAUUAGCAGAAGAUAAAAGAUCAAUUACAGUUGCCUGCGCAAAAUUUUGUUCAUUUGAUCUCAGGCCAUGUAGUAUUGUUAAAGGUGUCGGAUCCUCAACAUUAUGCCAAAGCCUAAUUAAUCUUGGUUAUCAACAUGGUCAAGCUAAACUUGGUGCACCUUCAGUAAACUUAUUAUUACCUGAACCGACCAAUGUUUCUCGCACUGUUUCUCAAAUAGCUCAAGAAUAUCGUGAAAAUUUGAAGAAUAUGCUGAAGAAUGAUUUACAAAAUGUCAAACUUAUAGGAAAUCGACAUCCCUACAUGUUACGUACUUCAUUAUUUAAUCAAUCAAAAACUGGUGAAAAUACCAGAAAAAAAAAUUUUCCAUUAUUAUCUAGUUAUGAUAUUGAUCCAAAUCAUUUUCAUGUCGUAUACAUUAGUGAUAAUGGAUCCAAUUUAGUAUGUGGUUUGCAAGGAGAGGUAUAUCUUCGAUAUAUUUGUCUCUGUCUUAAUUUGGCUUUACACAAUGGUGUUGAUAUGUGUCCGAAAUCCAUCUCAUUGAAUUAUGAAAAAUGUGGAGAUGCUCUAAUUAACAGAAAUGAAGUUAAAUAUUUAGACGAAAUCGAUCGCAAAGUAGUAGUCAGCUUUGUUAAAUUCUUAUCGUUAUUCAAAGUAGCUAGCGAACAAUUAUCUGCCGAUACAACACUUACUCUCCAUUUAGUUGUUCCUUGGUUUACGAAGUUAAAAGCUUCAUGUGAACCAACAGAUGAUGAACCAAUAUUAUUAAUUCAAUUUAAAAAUGCUGUUUCAAAAAUGCUGGAUGAGAAAAUUUACUUAACAUCAUUACAUUAA